AGCGCCGUUUGAAGUGAUGGUAUGCGUUAGCAUUCGUGUGCGUGUGAAUUAGAAAUAAUAACUUUUUUCAUAGACAUAUUUUGGAGAUUUGGUUGAAUUAAAAGUAGGAUUUGUAAAAAUUAGUGCUAUAGUUUAGCCGCCGCGAAUGAUACACAUAUGUAGCAACUGAAAAAACUUCCAAAAACUGCUUUCGUGGCUCGUUUCAUUCAUCGAUUGGGUCAAAAUUCGAUUCGAAGUGUUAUUUUUCACACAAUUGUUUGCAACUGCUUCGCAAGAGGACGUGUUUUUUAGUGGGUCAUAGUCAUAGUUAAAUUCUUUAAAAACAAUAAUGAGCGAAUUGCCAGAAAGCAGUAAAAAGCGUCAAAAAACGUGCCUACAGGUGGCCACGAAUGUGACCGAGCAGAAGCACCAUGUCACCAGGGAGACGAGAGGCAAGAACUUGGGACUCUGCCGCGGAUUCCGAGGAUGCACCGUUUGGCUGACAGGCCUAAGUGGCGCAGGAAAGACCUCGAUUGCCUUUGAGCUCGAGGCUUACCUCGUGUCCCGCGGAAUUCCAGCCUACGGCCUGGACGGCGACAACAUCCGGACCGGACUGAACAAGAAUCUGGGCUUCACGCCCGCCGAGCGCGAGGAGAACAUCCGACGCGUGGGCGAGGUGGCCAAGCUGUUCGCCGACAGCGGAGUGGUGGCCAUCUGCAGCUUCGUCUCCCCCUUCGCCGACGAUCGGGAGAUGGCCCGCAAGAUCCACAAGGAUGCGGGCCUCAAGUUCUACGAGAUAUUCGUGGACACGCCGCUGGACGUGUGCGAGACGCGCGACGUGAAGGGACUGUACAAAAAGGCGCGCGAGGGCGUGAUCAAGGGCUUCACGGGCAUCACGCAGGAGUACGAGCGUCCCCAGAUGCCGGAGCUGGUGGUCAACACCCAUGGCUACACGGUGCGCGAGUCGACGCAGAAGCUGGUGACGCUGCUCGAACAGGAGGGCAUCAUUCCGCGCUCGCUGCGCGACGUGGAUUUACUGCCGGAGCUGUAUCCCAGCGAAUCGAUUGCCACGGAGGCACUGCGCCACGAAGCCGAGUCGCUGCAGGCCAUCGAGAUCAGCACCGUGGAGCUGCAAUGGGUGCAGGUCCUGGCCGAGGGAUGGGCCUAUCCGCUGCGCGGUUUCAUGCGCGAGGACGAGUACCUGCAGACGCUGCACUUCAACACACUCCAGAGCGGCAUGGACGGCUCGUAUCGCGAGAAUCACUCGGUGCCGAUCGUUCUGAGCGCCAGUCAGGCGGACAAGGAUCGUCUGGAUGGCAGCUCCUCGCUGACCCUCAAGUACCAGGGCAAGGCGGUGGCCAUUCUCCGGCGACCGGAGUUCUACUACCAGCGCAAGGAGGAGCGGCUGGCCCGUCAGUUCGGCACCAGCAAUCCCAACCAUCCGUACAGCAAGCAGGUUUACGAGUCCGGCGAGUAUUUGGUCGGCGGCGAUCUGGCUGUGAUCGAAAGGAUCCGCUGGGAGGACGGUCUCGAUCAGUAUAGGCUGACGCCCAACGAGCUGAGGCGCAAGUUCAAGGAGCUCAAUGCGGACGCCAUCUUUGCCUUCCAGCUGCGCAAUCCCAUCCACAACGGACAUGCGCUGCUCAUGCAGGACACUCGUCGCCAGCUGCUGGAUCGGGGCUUCAAGCAGCCGGUGCUCCUGCUGCAUCCGCUGGGCGGCUGGACCAAGGACGACGAUGUCCCCCUGGAUGUGCGCAUGAAACAGCACCAGGCCGUACUCGAUGCCGGUGUCCUGCGGCGUGAGGACACUGUCCUGGCCAUCUUCCCCUCGCCCAUGAUGUACGCCGGUCCCACGGAGGUGCAGUGGCACGCCAAGGCGCGCAUGAACGCCGGAGCCAACUUCUAUAUCGUGGGACGCGAUCCCGCGGGCAUGCCGCAUCCAGACAAGGACGCCUAUCCGGAUGGCAACCUGUACGACGCCACUCACGGAGCACGAGUUCUGAAAAUGGCUCAGGGAUUGGACAGCAUGGAGAUCCUGCCUUUCCGUGUGGCUGCCUAUGACAAAAGUGCCAGUAGAAUGGCCUUUUUCGAACCAAAGCGCAAGGACGAAUUUGAGUUUAUAUCGGGGACCAAGAUGCGCACGCUAGCCAAGACUGGAGCUCUACCGCCAGAUGGCUUCAUGGAGCCGGAGGCGUGGCGCAUUCUGGCCACUUACUACCAGAACCUGCCGCAGGCGUAACCCGCUGCCAACAUUCGACCAGCAAACGUGCAAUUCCUCCUAGUUAUAUAUAGCUUAUGUGCUUACACAUAUUUCCACUUAAUGGCCGCUUAUCACUUACCACAUUUUCUGUCCAUCGUUACUAACCCAAAGUCCGGGCCAGUCCCUUGUGUGUGUGUUUUUGUUGUGCUCCUCCCAACUAAAUGUUCGUAUCGUACAAUCUACUUGUAUCUACACUUAAGUCACCAAUUCUCUGUUUAUCUUAAGCGAAAUGUCGUGCAGCUAUUUUGUGGACUGUUUUUUAAAUACAUAUAUAAAUAAUUA